UUCAAUAGAAAAUAUUCAUUCUUCAUGGUAUCCGAGCCCUAAUUUCUCACGGCUUCCCUCUUCCCCUCUCCUUCUUGAUUUUCGGCCAGCACCCACCCCCUCUUCACCGCCGGUUUCUCUCCUCCUCCGGCAACCAUGGCCAACUCCUCCUCCUCUGGCAAGGUCACCUCCAACAACGAAACUUCCCCUCCAAAUAGUUCACCCCAUCUAGCCUUCACCACCAUAUCCAACAUCAAACUUCAUAUCCCUGUCCAACUCAGUCUCUCAGAACCAAAUUACAAAAAGUGGAGUCGAUUAUUUCGUCUCUUGAUCCUCCGCUUCAAUCUCAAGGGUUUCAUCGAUGGCACGACCAUCGCCUCCUCUGCAGACGAUGCCGAAUGGUAUCAAUUUGAUGCCCUAAUUCAGGGAUGGAUGGCAAUUUACAAUCUCUUUCACGACAACAAGCAUGCCCAGGCAAUGCAACUGGAACACCGCUUCCGUACAACUGUGAAGGGCCAACUCUCCAUCAACGAAUAUUGUUGCCUUCUCAAUAACCUCUCUGAGUAUCUUGACGAUGUGGAUGCCCCUGUCACCGAACAUGCUCUUGUCCUCCAGGUUCUUCAAGGCCUCCCUCACGACAUCCGAAGUCAAGUUCAAUUUCUGCAAUUCAAUUUCUGCAAUAUCAAAAUCCACUCCCGACGUUCUUGGAAGUUCGGUCCACCUUGCUCAUUGUUGAACAACAACAAAUCGACGCCGUAUAUGGCGUCGGCCCGCCGUCCACAGCCCGCAUGUCCGCCACCGGCGGCGGUGGCGGACAUGCGGGCAACGGACACCGGCAGGACCAGGGCAGCGGCUACGGCGAAUCUAGGAGUAGCGGCAGAGGUGGCUUUGGCGGCGGCUACGGCGGGCGCGGCAAGACCUCCGGCGGUGGUAGUGGAGGCGGAAACCGCGGCAGGGGUCGCGACAGGGGUCAAGGUCGUGGCGGCGGCGGAAACCAGCGGCAACCCUCAGGCCCAAAUCCCUGGACUUUUCCCUCCCCCUCCCCCGGGUUACUUGGGCCACGGCCCUACCAGCCUCACCCCCUAGCCCAAGCCCAUAUUUACCCAACCCUUCCUACCCAACAUACCCAACCCACGACCCACUUAACCCAAACCAAAACCAUUCCCACACUACCCAACCCAGCCCUCCCCAUACCCGAACCUCACACCCCCAGCCCACACCCCUACCUACCCGCCCCACUACACCACCUCACCCAACCCCAUAGCCCUAGCCCACAGCCUUGAGAACCUCACCCUCACCCCCACCCAACCCAACUGGUUCAUGGACACCGGAGCUUCCCAUCACAUAACUUCUAACCCAGGUAUUUUAUCUCAUGUAUUUACUUCAAGCAUUAAUUCGCCUUCGCAUAUUAUUGUUGGUA